AUGGGGACCGAGCAUGCGACGCGGCCAGCGUUCCUUCCCGGGCAGCCGCUGCCGGUGCCGAGCGAUACAAACGCGAGCGUAGGAGAUGGUGUGUAUGCAAAGGAUGGUGUUUUUCGAGCGAGCCGUAUGGGCCAUUUCGAGAGCGACGGCAACGCAACUCUUCUUUCCGUGCGCGGCGAGCGACCGCCCCUUGUGAUUCCGCGCCCAGAGAGUACGAUAUUUGGUCGUGUAACACGCGUGAUGCCUCGCCAAGCCACCGUCUCGAUCCUUGUUGUCGACGGCCUGCCUUGUGGCGGCGCACUCAACGCUGCAGGCGCCUCGACGAACCGUGCAGCGGGUGAAGGGAUCGAUGGUGCUGAUUUCCAAGGUAUUUUGCGGCAGCAGGAUGUGCGGAGCACGGAAAAAGAUAGCGUGGUGCUAAGCCAAUGUUUCCGUCCUGGCGAUAUUCUUCGCGCCGUGGUCAUCUCUCUUGGCGAUGCGCGCUCCUACUAUCUUUCCACGGCCGGCAAUCACCUCGGCGUCGUGCAUGCGGUAAGCAGUGAUCCAGAUAUGUGCGGAUCUUUGGGAUGGGCGCCAUCAGCACGCGCGAUGCAGCCCAUUUCUUGGAAGGAAAUGGCGGAUCCCGUCACCGGCAUGGUCGAGCCGCGCAAGUGUGCCAAGCCAGAUUGGCUUUGA